AUGUCCCACCAGAAUCACGAUGCCACUGUGCAACCCUCCAACCCUCACUCACUCUCGCACUCGUAUGCACGCGACACGACGCCCCCGUCGCCCCCCUCCCGGACCUUCGUAGACCUCUCGUCGCCGAUAAAGACCGCCAGCCCAUCCAAAAGACAGCAAGAGGCGGUCCGCAGUCGCCCGCGGCCUACGCCUGCUCGCAGAUCCAAGGACGAACUGCGGCUCAUCGGCGACUUCAGUACACCCGCAGAUGCAGUCGCCUGCCCUGACCCGCAGAGCUGGAACCUAAAUUCCCACAUGGCACAUACAGCAGUCGUGAAGAAAAAGAACAAGGCAUGUGGCCGGGCGGCUGAUGAUGUACCGGGACCAUCUACUGACUGGAUACAGCCGGGGGCACGAGAUGCCUUUAAGCCUGUAGACACUUUGACGGAGGGAAGAACGGACGCCAGAAAGCACCGAGUCAUCACGUACAGUAGGCAGAAUCGUCCGUCGCCACAGACAAUAGGGAAAGUCCAAUAUGCUGGCCAGAGAGCCUAUCUGGAAUCUGAAGCAAGCAGAAAUGGUAUCACUUCCGCUCGAGCCCACGGCCCACAAGCACAAUACACCGAGGGUGCAAGAGGUCCUUCGCCAGCAAAGCGUCGCAGGACGCAACAUGUCAUAGAGAUCGAUGGCGACGAUGAGCCACAGCACGUGCCUCGGUGCCAAACCCCCUUGACACCAGCCACUGCGUCUCACGGCAUGCGAACAGCAGGCUCUCGUUCGCAAUCGCAAGUCAGCGUAGGCAACGGAACAGGGUUCACAACCUUUAGGCCACCGUCGCAAACAGAAAGCGAGUUUCGUGCAAUUGACCGCCGACUUACACAACACAGAAAGUCGCUACGUCCCACUCGUGCAAAAAGACAUAGUUCGCACCGCGCCAUGUCUGUUGAGGACGGCGGCGUGUCCAGCCUAAGCAGAGACGCUCCACAACCUGCUCACGUGGUCUCCGAUGUUGAGCAAAUGCCAAUGACGCGAGCCUCGCUGGAUGAAUGGAAGCAAGGUAUCGAAGGGCCAUCUCAAGAACAGGCGGUGGUAACCUCGAAAUACUUUCCAAACGCGCAGAUUAACGAGUCGACUGUGGAGUUAGAGGAAGCGUCGACUGGUACUCGAUCAGGGCGCCUUGAAAGCACUUAUUUGCGCGAUAAAUAUCGACCCCCACCCCGCACGACAGAAGAUAUUGACGACAGCCCAGAUGAGCUAGCAAUGUCGCCCGUGCAGAUGCGCAACGCGAAGUCGAAAGCUGUGCCCUCGAAAGCAGUGCAGGCAGCCCACACUGGCUUCCAACGCAAGAAACCUGUCAAUGCCAAUUCAGAAUUAAGUUGGCAUUUAAACUACGCUAGGUCACACGAUUUUGCAUGUCAUGGUCCCGGUUUGCGACUGAAUCAAGAGACGGAUGUAAACUAUGGCAUUCAACAUGUAGAUGCGGACCACACUUAUCAGCGCGUUGGCAGUCUUGACCUUCAACGCGUCUCGAAAAUCGAUGUAGAUGAUGUCUCUCGUAUUCGUUUAACCGGUAGUCGCCAUUCGGAUGGAACCAUCUACACAGUGGAUUUGGAGUUUGCCGAAACAGAAGAGUUUGUACAUUUUCGAGACCGCUACGCGGUCCCUCACUCCGGGCUGACAAAGGCCUACGUACAUGACAAGACACAUAUGCAGAGCCUGUUGCAGAAAAUCUUGCCACAGAAUAUCACAGUCGGCCAAAAAUCCAAUAUCAGCACAGUGCAACAUGGAGGAACAUCGCUUCCAGUAAAACGACAUUCACUUCCUUCUGAGAAAAAUACUAUGUAUAAUCAUCACUUGCAAGCACAAGCUUUUGGGGACACUGAUGCUCCAAUACGAAGACCUGCAGCCAGUCUUGGGGCCGACAAGACUCUUUCACGGUCGACGCGCACGUCUGUGAGAGCUAAACAGUCUACUACAGCCUCUUCGGUUCUAUUUGAUGUGCCAAUUGACCAUGAGGAAGUGGAAAAAUACUCACAGAGACACGGACUAGGCCCCGCGUGGAAGAGGCCUCUCAUGUACGGUCAGGGCAAACAGCGCGCCACUGUUCACUUUGAGGAUCUGCCCCGUCUUGACGAGGAAGAGUUCCUGAACGAUAGCCUCAUCGACUUUUACAUGAUAUAUCUCUUUAAGCAACACAAAGUGCCAUCCGAGAAGGUGUACUUCUUCAACACGUACUUCUACACUGCCCUCACUACGGACACGGGGCGCAAGUCCAUGAAUUAUGCAAAGGUGGCACGUUGGACUCAAAAAAUUGAUAUUUUUGGGUACGACUACAUCGUCGUUCCUAUAAAUGAACUAACGCAUUGGUAUCUUGCCAUUAUAUGCAAUGUCUCGAGUAUCGAUCGAAGCCCAGUCAUUGAAGAUUUCGACGACAAUCCCCAGACGACUGUUGGUACGAUGCAAAACAGUGAUUCUCGAGACGUGUCUCUUCAAGAUGUGCACAUUGCAGAGGAUGCGUCUUCCAAGUCAUUUGAUAGUUUUGCCCUCUCGACUGAGGCAGCUACAACUGGGCCUGUCAGCCGGAAAGAGGGGGAUGUCAAUCUUUUCGAAGAAAAUUCGCAACUAAACCUUGUCGAUCCCCAUGAUUUAGGACCAGGAACUGGAAAUCCGACAGAAAAUCGCGGCAGUACUAUUAGGUCCAGGCAUGAGGCAGUAGGAGAGGAGGCUGCGAACUUCGAUGGCUUCAUUCCGAGCAUGGAGACCAAAGCCGACUUGGAGAAAAUUUCGGGUUCGCAGAAAUCGAAGAAACCAAAAAAGCGACAAUAUGUGCUACCAAAGAAAGACCCAGAACAGCCCAUUAUCAUCAUCCUGGAUUCAUUACGUGAGACUCGCAGUAGUGCAGUCCGAGCACUAAAGGACUGGAUACUGGCCGAAGGUCAAGCAAGAAGAGGCAUGCAAGCCAUCAUCAAAGAAAACGGCUACUAUGCAAAGGCCACUCAGAUUCCGACACAGAGCAAUUGGUCUGAUUGCGGGGUCUACCUGCUGGGCUACGUGGACAAGUUCUUUCAAGACCCAGAUGACUUCAAAAUCAAGUUACUCACUGGCGGAAUGUUUGCUGAAAAAGACUGGCCCGAAUUCCACCCUAAGCAAAUGAGGAAUCACAUGCGCGAAGUCAUAUUCGCUUGCAUGAAGGAUCAAGAGGCGGCAAGAGGCCGAGAGAAAAGGGCGAAACUAGCGACUGCGGAUAUGGACACAUUACCUGCAUCUACAAACAAGCAGGAUUUGCAGCAUCGGGAGCCGAAGCAACCACCACCAUUGACAGCGGACGACGGGUCCCAAAGGAUAGUUGCUGUAGGGGAAGUACAAACACGAGCCUCGGAACCGGCCACGCUCAAAACGCCCGUCAAAAUGUUGGAGUCACCUUGCAAGGCCAAGCCGACCUCCGCGGAAAAGAGCGAUGAGAUACUACCUGAAAAGCCACCAAGCAAUAGAUCUCACAUUCCACUGGCUCUAGUUUCGCCUGCAAAGUCUGCUGCUUCUACUUUGUACACGAAAGAGAGAUAUAGGCACAGAAGUCCCGAGGUUCGCAUCUCCAGCAAAUCACCCGGGAAGCCGCAGGCGGCCCAAACAAAGGGACUGGCACCAGCCCAACCAUCGGCUGAUGAGAGCCAACAAUCACACCAACAGCUUGAUCUAGACGUAUCUGCGCCUAGACGCCGGCCAAACGACAGCAAAUCUGAGAGUACGAGAUUCGAAUCAGUGCAAAGACGGGGCACAUCACCGCAAGCUCAGAGUACAGGUCGGUCAGCGCAGUUAAGCCCGUCGACCAGAAGCAACCGGGAAGGUAGUACACCGAAUACACUCAUUGAGAUAGCUGAAUCACAAGAUCCGGCGCCUGAGCCGAUUGCAUCGCCCGAAUGGAUGCCAAAGACCUUUGUCGACAAGAAACAGCUGGUAGGAGAAUGUCCUCCGAGCAGCCACUUUCUGAGAGCAGUGCCAUCGCUAGAAGAGAUUGAUCCUUCCUCUUUCCAUGCUAGUAAUGGGAGAAGACUGCGACACGACAAGAAUGUCUCCGCGAAAAGUGACCUCGAAACGAGAGGUGAGAUAGAGCUUCGUCGUGCUCAAAGCCCAAUGUUGAUGGAUCCUUCGCUACAAAGGACAGAAGAAAGGUUGCUUGAUAGGAUGGAAAUUGAUUCGCCAACUGCGGAUACCAUGGAUAUCGAUACUCUAUCGCGAAGAAGUGAGGUCGAAAAGACGCCGGAGCCAGAGGUUGACCAGCGCUCAAGUACUGAUAGGGAGCCAACUCCGCUAUUGAUGUAG